AUGGCUAUGGGUCUGUCCACCAUUGAGGUGGCGGCACAGGCAGCAGUAGCAGCCAUGCAAGCUGCAUGCUCCAGUCCAGUGGUGAAACUUCCUCAGCUGAAACUGUCUCAGUUCAAUGGAGACAUCAUGGACUGGCCAGAAUUCUGGCAGACAUUUGAGUCCUCUGUUGGUCUUCGUCAAUCGUUGCCGGACGUAUCAAAAUUCACGUACCUCAAAAGCGUCCUGACGGGUGUCGCCGCAGCAGCCAUCGAAGGCAUUCCAAUAACAGCAGCUAACUAUCCUAUCGCAGUUACGAUGCUGAAGGACAAAUUUGGACAGCCUGAGCUGAUAGUGGCAACACUGUAUCGUAAACUGGCACAGCUGCCACAAUGUAACAACAGGUUUACUGAAGUGAAGGCUACCAUUGACCAAAUGGAGAAACUCCUUCGUCAAUUGGAAGCUCAGGGAGAGAACCUGGAUACUCAGCGCGUCCUCAUUCAGCAACUCUUCUCGAAGUUCCCGUUCCAGCUCGUCAGCAAACUGGAGGAGCAGAGAUCCGACCAUACUGUGCCAUGGACGGUCAAAACAGUACGGGAGAUGCUAGCGAAGUAUGUAGCAAUGCAGAACACAGUUCGUCAGUUCACCGACAACAUCAGCCAGACACCUCAGCCUAAGAUACAGGGACACCAGCAACAACACCAUCGUCCACCAACAAUGGGAUUUGUAUCCAGCCAGGCAAGCCCCAGAAGAGAACCGUCCUGCGUCUUCUGUCGGUCAAGCCAUUUCAGUGAUGAGUGUACCAACUACUCAACACUGGAUUCCAGGAAGGAUCAACUGUUGUCCCUACGUAGGUGCUUUGCGUGCCUCAAAGAAGGCCAUAUCGCAAGGAAUUGUGCACACCGUAGUAGAAAUUGCUACCACUGUAGCGGAACAGGCCACAGUCGUGCUAUUUGUCCCAAGAAGGGUCAACAAUAUAAUCCAGCAGUCGAAGUUCCGAAACACCAGCAAACAAAUUCACUGGCCAAUGGCAGUCCACAGACAGCAGCAAUCGCAGCUUUGUCACCGGCAGAGAUGCCAAGCCAAGAGCCGGCGGCAAUUCCAGAUGAAACCACGGAACUAGCCACCACGAGCGUCUCAACACUGAAAGCAGUUAUUCAGUCAGCCAUGCUGCAAACCGCUAAGUGUAACGUGACUGACCAUUGUGGGAAGAAGGUCAUGGUCAACGCACUACUGGACAGUGGCAGCCAACGAUCGUUCAUCACUGCAGCUCUAGCUAAACGACUCCAGCUACCAGUCGAGAAUGAAGAGAGGCUCUACCUGAACACCAUGGCAGCAACUAAGUCCAAGAGCUUCAAUUCGCAAUCGUUCCAACUCGCUGUCAACCUCCGAGACGGUAACAUGGCACAGAUAAUGGUGAAUACUCUGCCUACCAUAACCAACCCAAUUGUGAAACAAGCCGUGCAACAGACCGACUUGGCGUUUCUUGAACAGCUGUCUCCAACAGCGCUAGCAGAUUCUGUGCCUCACGCAAUGGAAACUGUCAACAUCGACUUUCUAAUUGGUGCUGACUACUUUUGGCAACUGGUGGGCAAUAAUGUUAUCACACUGCCAUCAGGACUCAAGCUAGUCUCCUCCGAAUUUGGAUACCUGCUCACCGGCUGCAGUUCACUACCGGAUGAAUGCAGCAAUGAUGACACGACCUCCCUGGUGGUUACCAGCAGCGGUUCGAUUUUCUCAGGAGCUGCAAGCGUCUCCAACCGUAACACAGAGGACAAUGUACUGUCUCAAUUCUGGCAACUGGAGAAUAUCGGAAUCAAGGAUUCACCCUACGCGAAUGAUGACGAAAUCGCACUGGCGCAAUUUCGCAAGACAACGGAAUAUUCCGAUGGCAGGUAUUCCAUCCAAUGGCCAUGGAAGCCUGAUGACACCAAAGAUCAACUUCCUAGCAACUACGGCUUAGCCCUUGGCCGAAUGAAAUCACUGGCCAAACGACUCGCUACAGACGGACAGCUGCUCGAGAGUUAUGACAAGGUGAUCCGACAGCAGCUCGCUAAGGGAAUCAUUGAAGAAGUUCAACUUUCCGGAACCAGUGGUAAACAACACUAUUUGCCACACCACCCCGUUGUGACACCAGCGAAGUCAACAAAGGUCAGGAUAGUGUAUGAUGCAUCAGCCAAAGCGAGUGCAACAUCUCCAAGCCUGAACGACUGCCUCUACCGUGGCCCAGUGCUACUCCCUGACCUCUGCGGCCUGCUAAUGCGUUUCCGUCUCAAGCCAAUUGUGAUUAGCGCUGACCUGCACCUCACACAGGCCCAGACCGAUGUGUCUGGUGCUAUUGCACGUGAUCUGUAUGUGGACAACCUAAUAACCACGGUCUACUCCCCAGAAGAAGGUAAUCAUCUCUACAAGGAAGCCAAGCAGCUGUUCUCAGAUGCAUCCAUGAAUCUACGGGACUGGACCUCCAACUCCGACAAAGUGUUGGACAAGAUUCAGGAAAUCGACCGAUUGCCAUCAGCAUCUACCAAAGUCCUUGGGCUCAAGUGGGAUAACAAAGCAGAUAACAUCGCCGUGUCCAACAGCAUCAAUGAGAAAUCAGUCGGUCCAGUCACAAAGCGCAGCGUGCUGAACAAAGUGGCAAGCGUGUUUGACCCACUCGGAUUGAUGACACCAUCUACACUGCAAGGGAAGCGGUACCUUCGUCGGCUAUGGGAGGAAGGUCUGGAGUGGGAUGCCCCAUUGUCCGCACCAAUGCUCCUGGAGUGGGACAACAUCCAAUCAGCACUCCGGCAGACGACGACCGUCACCAUUCCAAGGUUCAUUGGUCCUGCGAGUGCAAGUCAACCGAUGAGUCUACAGAUCUUCACAGAUGCAUCCAAGGAUGCAUAUGCAGCAGCAGCUUACCUCCAAGUGCAGAUUCCGGAUUCCAACAAGUACACGGUGAAUCUCAUCUUCUCCAGAUCCCGACUGACCCCGUCAGCCAACAAACCGUCCAAGAAGCAAUCAGUCACCAUUCAUCGUAUGGAACUGCUCGGCGUGGUCAUCGGAUUCAGGAUGGUCAAGUUCAUCCAAUCCCAGCUUCAACUUCAGAACAACAUCCCAGCAUACCUCUGGACUGAUGCCACGUGUGUUCUCCACUGGCUCACAACGCCCCAUCAUCUCUCAACAUUUGUUGCCAAUCGUGUGAAGGAAGUGAAAUCCAAUCAGCAGCUACAGUUUCGUCACGUUCAGUCCCAGGACAACCCUGCAGACAUAGCAACACGCGGUCUUCAGCCAGAGGAGUUGAAGGAGUCUUCUCUCUGGUGGCAGGGUCCUGCAUGGCUAGCAGGAGACAAAGAGGACUGGCCAACAGGAAAACUGAUCGUCACGCAAGAAGACAUUGCAGAAGCAGACAAAGAGAGACGCUCCCCUCUCAUUACAAUUGGGAACACAGCUGCCGUCAUCAACGACAGCACAGAAACGUAUUCGCUUCAGGCAGCAGAACAACGUGUUUCAUCCCUCAGAUCGCUCUUGAGGACUACAGCAAUCUGCCUCCGUUUCAUUGGCAAAAAGAUCUGGAGCAAGUUCAGUAGCAGCACACGAGAGAAGCUACGGCCAAAGAUUCCCCUCGCAGCAAUGGUCUUUGAUGAUGCUUCACGCACCAAGUACGUAGCAGCCAGUGAUCUCAGCAUCGCAGAGAAGAUCAUCAUCAGACAACACCAACGACAGAACUUCACGGAUGCGUUCAAAGCUAUAGACAGCGGUACUCGUCACCCCCUUCAAGACCAGCUCGGACUUCGCCUGGAUGCUGAAGGACUGCUAAGAUGCCAUGGAAGGCUAGACAAUGCUCAGCUACCUGAAGAUGCGACUCGCCCUAUGCUGAUAUCCCGACACAGUAAGCUAAGUACUCUGAUCAUCCGGGAAGUUCAUGCGCGUCUCAUUCAUGCUGGAGUGUCUCACACACUUGCCCAGAUUCGACAGAAGUACUGGCUUCCACAAGGGCGAGCAGCUGUGAAAGCCGUUCUGAGUAAAUGUGUCAUUUGUCAGAAACACGAAGGGCAACCGUUCCGUCUACCCCAGAUGCCACAGCUACCAGCAGAACGAGUACAGCAGUCUCAUCCAUUUCAGUACAUCGGCCUCGACUAUCUCGGCCCAUUCAGCGUCAACAUCAGCAGUACAACACAGAAGGUAUGGGUGUGCCUCUUCACCUGUAUGGCAACCCGUGCGGUUCAUUUGGAAGUAGUGAUGGGAUUAACAACGGCCCAGUUCGUCAACUGUUUGAAACGAUUCAUUGCCAGGCGAGGACGACCUGACAAGAUCAUCUCAGACAAUGCGCCACAGUUCAAGUUGGCACAGACGUACCUCGAUCAGAAGUGGAAAAAUAUCCUAACCUGCCCUGAGCUGGCCUGCUACCUUGCAGAACACAAGGUAACCUGGGUUUUCACCACUGAGUUUGCACCGUGGCAAGGCGGUUUCUAUGAGCGACUAGUUGGUCUGGUGAAGCGAGCUUUCCACAAAGCCAUUGGCCGCAGUCGAUUCACCUACGAGCAGUUCAACACAAUCACAACGGAAGUUGAGGCAAUGCUCAACACACGCCCAUUGACGUAUGUACCGUCAGAGUCGACAGAUGGAAUCAUCACGCCAAACCACUUCAUUGCCCCAACUCGCUCACUGGGACUUCCUGACGAUAUCCAGUCAGAUGACUACAUGCCCCAACGAGAUCCAGUCGCUACUAUUACGUCACUGCAGAAGAAGCAGCAAGCUGCACUGGACACGUUCUGGAAGUUGUGGAGAGAUGACUAUAUCCUUGCACUUCGCAGCCGACAGCCAAUCAACAAUCGUCUCAGGAGGAGCCGAACCACUGGUCCCAAGAUCGGCGACAUGGUCAUGAUCAAGAACGACCAGCUACCACGUGGAAUGUGGAAGAUGGGAAGAAUCAGAGAACUGCAUGACGGCGCGCAGGACGGCAAGACUCGUUCGGCGACAGUACAGACGACCAACUCCAUCCUGAACCGACCGAUCAACCACCUCUACCCGCUAGAAGUGAACGCAACGGAGGAGAAGGAGAACACUGAUGUCAUCGACAACGGCAGCACUGAUGUUGCUAGCAGCAGGCCUCAGCGCAUGGCCGCCCAGAAGGCAAAGGAAAGGCUCAAUGCACAAAUGCAGGCUGAGCUGGUGUCUGUAGCUUUCACCUUUGUUUCUACGCGUAUAGCUACCAAGUAUGUGGACCCUAUCUCACUGGAAGCUUAUGUGGCUUGCCGUCUAGUGCCUUUGGACAAGCAGCCAGGUGUUCGCCCUUUCGGGAUCGGGGAAGUCGUCCGCCGCAUUCUGGGCAAAGCCAUACUUCAGAUUGUUGGCUCGGCAGUAGAGAGUGCUGUUGGCUGUCUGCAGUUAUGCGGUGGGCAAGAGUGCGGCGUGGAAGCCGCCAUUCAUGCGGUGAAGACCACCUUCGAUGAUGACCACACGGAGGGAGUCCUGUUCGCGGAUGCAACGAACGCAUUCAAUCACCUAAAUAGAGCUGUUUGCCUGCGCAAUGUUCAGCGGCUAUGUCCUGACCUCGCGCCAGCUGUUAUCAACACCUACCGCUCCCCAGCUCACCUGUAUGUUGGAGGAGAGGUGAUCCUGUCUUCUGAGGGCACCACUCAAGGAGACCCAUUGGCUAUGCCAAUGUAUGCGUUUGGCACAGUGCCACUGAUCCCGGAAGCCGCCGCAGCUGGGGCCAUGCAGUCCUGGUAUGCCGAUGACGCAACUUCAGCCGGCGCUCUCCGACGAAUGCGCACCUGGUGGUCCAUCCUAAUAGAUCGAGGCACCAGGUAUGGUUACGACAUCAACCCGUCAAAGUCCGUUCUCCUCGUGAAGCCACAACAUCUUGCACUAGCAACAGAAUUGUUUGCCACAACCGGGGUUAACAUCCGGACGGACGGCUAUCGUCAUCUUGGUGCUGCCCUAGGCUCUGCCCUGUUCUGCGACGGUUAA